CUUGUCACUCCAUCUCUCCACUCUCCCAAUGGGUAAUGGCAGCAAACUUUGAUGGACGCCGUACGCCAUAUGAAGUCUCCUGAGGCUUUAUAGUUAUCUGGGUCACGCCAUACAAGCCAGGGGUUCAGCACUGUCGUCCACGUCCACAGGCAGCCGCUCCGCCCGCUUGCUGCUGGUGCUGCUGGCCUGUGAAGAGCCAGGACUUGGGGACCAACCAACACGCCUCACCGCGACUAACAUGCCAGCCGUUGAGCCGUACCUUGCGGGCCAACCCAACGAGCCAGGGUCAUAAAGGUUGUUUCUCCAGACUGCCAGACAUGCUUCACUUGUGCGGUCCUUCCCGGCCGGCGCCUCCUCCGAUCCGAUCCUUGGCCUGUCGGCUACCUGCUUGCAGAUACACACCCAACACAACCAACAUGCUACGAUACCAUGCCAGCCCUUGUCUCACUUGGCAAAUCGGCUCUGAUUAGUAUUCACAAUCCUCACGGGCCGUGCUCUUGGCUGCCGCUUCCCGCAGACCCCUCCCCCAGUUUGCUUGGUUCCUUGCCAAAUCCCCGUGGCAGCUCAGAGUGCUAUCAAGCUCGACCGCCACGCACACGCAAUCUGUCUAGCUGCCACCCUCCUCGAGACCAUACUUGUGAGAAAUUGCGCGCAACCCCAUGCCUCACUGCGCGGAGUGCUUGGGCCAACUGCAAGUCUCAGAAGCCGACUGACUCAUUGCAGAGAUCACACACCGCAACGGCCCAGUUGGACCCUCCGACAGUGUUAGCCGAAGUGAAUCUUUCCACAAUCACAACUCAGCCUUUUCCGUGUGGUCCAUAGUCCAGCAUCGCUGGUUUCCUCGUGCCAUGACAACCCGCAAGGGGGAAACGAGCCAUGGCAAUCGAACACCGUGGUGCCACUGUGGUGCCACUCACCAGCCAUGAAAGGCGUCGUUGAACCAAGCACUGCAGAAGGUCACAACGCGUGUGACGAGCGAGCUGUA